GUGAUGGGCUAAGAUGAGGACUCAAUGGAAAAGAUGGGACAGAGGGUGUUAAGACAACCUGAGAGGAAAAUAACAAUGGAAAGAGACGAAAAAAAUAUGUAAAAGGAAAAUGCCGACGAUCAGAGUCGAGAGCGGAAAACAGUUGGUUUAUAUUCGUUUUGCUUGCGCUUGUUUUCUUUCCUUCCUCGUUCUCAUCAACCAAACAUGCGGCUACCUGGAACUAAGGCAUGACCUAGAGGCAGAACUGGGGAUAAUCAGAGGUAGGCGGGGCAGAUGUUUCCGCCUUUCUGGCUGCGAGUACCCCUCACCGCGACCAGAUCUGUGAAGAUCACACACCAACCGCCGUAGACCAGCCCUGAUACCGGGUGCUGAACAUGCCCGCGCGCGUCAUGCCAAAUAUGAUGCCCAGAUAUCCAAGCACGCCCGGUAGCCGGAUCGUCCGCACCAUGGAAUCCCGUCCUAUAUGCAGGGGUCGCCUUUUAAGAUGCAGCACGCCCACGAGGAAGGGUGCAUACCCCGCGCAUGUUGUUUCCUGAGCAAUGCCCGUUGGUUUCUAUGUACGAGCCGCUUCCGUUUAUGCUCAAAUCAAGUUCACAAAAGCCGCCAUGAUAUCACCAUCCAACCCUUUCCUAGCUCAUUCUCAUGGGUAUCAUAAACCAUCCCCACAAUCCAUUCACGCCUUCCCCACCGCAGCCCCCUUCUGCCCCUCCAGCGCCUUCAUCCUCUUCUUAUACUCCAUCGGGCUCUCCAACUCCCUCCUCUUCUUCCCCCCGACCACCCCCCACAACCCGACCCCCU